CCUCCCAACACAACACAUGCCCUUUACACACACACCCCACCUCCCCCUCCUCCUCUGGACCCUCUUCACUCUCCCCCUCACCAUCUGGGACACAGCCUACAUCCUCCUGCGCCCGCACUCCUUCCCCGGCGGCAAAUGGCACGCCCCGUUCUUCCUUUCCAUGGAACCAUGGGCUUCUACAGACCAUUUAUACGGGCCGGAAGCGUGGGGUGCAAGCGAGGGCUUCACGGCGGCGCAGGCGGUGGUUAAUGUGCUCGAGGUGGGUAUGUAUACUGGUUAUGUUUGGGGGGUUUGGAGGGGUGGCGGGCUGGGGGGAGGAGCGAGGUGGAGGAUAGGAAAAAGGAGGAUUCAGGGGAAGAUGGCUGCGGGCGCGGUGGUGCUGGGGUUCGCUGCUGGUGUGGUUACUGCGACCAAGACGGGGCUUUAUUGUAGGUUUUUUUUUUCUCUGCGUGCGUGGUGCUGUUUUUGCUUUUUACUGCUGAUGAGGGUAGUUAUGCGAGAGGUUUUCUCCGGGUAUGUGUAUACGGGGCAUAAUGAGCUGCAUCCUUUGCUGACGCUGUGGGGGUUUAUGAACGCUUUGUACUUUCUUGCUUCGGGGUAUAUGAUUGGAGCUUUUGGGACGGAGAUUUAUCGGGGGUUGCUUGCUGGGGAGGGGGAUAAGGAGGAUUGA